AUGUUUGCUGCAUAUCUCGAAAAGCUCGCCAAUGCUGGCGGGCCUGAGGUCACCUACGAGGCAGGCUGUCACUGUGGCUAUAUCGGCCUCUCAGUAGCACUCUCUCCUCCUCUACCCAAGCACGAGGUCAUAAACUGCAAUUGUUCCAUUUGCCGUCGAGGAGGUUACCUUCUUGUUUACCCCGCGUAUGAAAAAGUGACAUGGCACAACGACUCAGAUAAGCGUGUCUCGCGAUAUCAAUUCAACACAAAGGCUCGCGAUCACAUGUUUUGCCCCAAAUGCGGUGCCAGCAUCGGCAUCGAUUUUGCGAGGGUAUGGCCUGAGGCUCCUCGCUAUGGCAUCAGUGUACGACAAUUCAACAACAUCGAUCUUGACUCACUCCAAUACAUAAAGCUCGAUGGUUUACAUACCGCUGAACCAGGAGUUGACUUGUCGGGAAAAGAGUUUGAUCCAAAGGCAAACGAAGCCCCUGCUUCUAGGUAUUAACUAAAGAAGCUGUCAGUUGGAGUUGGCGUUGGUGGUGGGAAACAGUUUCAUAGGAAGAAGGAUAGCUUGCACCAAUUGCAAGAUCGAGAUUCAGCUGAAGUCUUGUUUGGGACCCAAGCUUGGCUAAGCCAUUUACGCAAGCUUUUGGUGGUGGGGUUUGGGAUGAUCAGCCAUGGAUGUUGGGAUGUUGAUGCUUGUGAAUUCCCUGUCUGGCUGAACUCUUGUGUCUUGAUCAGCGAUUAGCAGUCUUGGCACGCAUGAAACAAGAUGAUCUGAUG